AUGAACGGAGCUCACCAAGGAGUCGCAGGUUUUGGUUUAGCUAACGACCCGAACUUCAAUGCUGUCUUAUACGACCUGGCUCUGCCCGUCGGCCAACGCAUGUCCAUCCUCAACAGCACUAUCGUAGCCCGCAUGUACCAUUCAGAGGCGAUUCUGUUACCUGACGGACGGAUUCUCGUCUCAGGUUCUGAUCCUCAAACCAAUAACCCGGAUGGCACCGUCAAGUAUCCAGAAGAAUUCCGCAUUGAGGUGCUUUCUAUUUUCCUGUUAUUAUUAUCACUAAACCCCUCUCAUCUGCAUUCGCAGGUUUACAUUCUACCAUCCCUCAAUCAAGGAUUUCAGCAACCAACCUUUACGGCCCCGGACACCGAUUGGGCUUAUGGUGAAACAGUCACUAUCACAAACGUGCAGCUAUUCCAGGGGACCACUGCGACGUUGCGCGUAUCCCUUAUUGCUGCUACAUCGAGUACCCACGGAAACACCAUGGGAGCGCGGACGAUCUUCCCCGCCUUCUCAUGUUCCGGAACCAUAUGUACAAUCACUGCACCUCCGAAUGCCGGCGUCUCACCACCAGGUUGGCACCAGCUAUUCAUUUUAGAUGGACCAACGCCCUCUCAUUCAACCUGGGUCCGUAUCGGCGGAGAUCCAUCGCAACUGGGCAACUGGCCACAGCUCCCGGGUUUCACCACCCCCGGUAUUUAA